CGCAGCGUCCUACCUGAUAAUUUUCAAACUGGAGGAGGACCUGGCUCGUGUAACUUCAGCGGCACAUUAUUCGGUUCAUUUGGGUUAAUGUUCCACCUUGUGCCAACAAAAUUGGAAAAGGCUGUUUGAUUAAUUGGGAUUGAAAUGUUUUCUCCGGGUGUUUGGGCUGGAAAGCGGAGUAAAGCCAGCUUCCUGUAGGCGUAGCUAAUCUCCGUGUCAGCUCUCUCUCAGACUGUGAGCGACACCAACUAGAAAGUCCAGUAAAGCGAGUCCUGGAAAACCUUGGCGAGUCCCGGAGGCAACAUGGACCUGGACAGUAAACGGCUGGUAGUGGUGGUACCAAACGAGGUGUCGGUGCCCUCCAGAAGAGUGUUCAGCAGUGAGGACGAGGCGUGGAAAACGUACCUGGAGAACCCUCUGACGGCCGCCACCAAGGCCAUGAUGAGCAUCAACGGAGACGAGGACAGCGCAGCAGCCCUGGGACUGCUGUAUGACUACUACAAGGUUCCUCGGGAGAAGAGGCUUGUACCCAGCAGCAUUAAACCCACAGACCUGCCCGCUGCAGGGACUGAUAACUGUGGGAACUUGGAGGUGCUGGGAAACCACCUUCAGGUUCUGGGAUCCAUGCCUGUCAACCUCUCUCUAAACAACAUCGCCGCUGCAGAACAUCAGGGCUCCAAGUACGGAGCUGCAGGUGCAGCAGGGGAGGUCAGAGGAAGUGACAGUGCAGGUGGGGCAGCUCUAGCUUUGGUCAAAACAGAGGACCCAACAUCCACAUCGGCAUACGUAAAGCCCUGUUCUGGGGUGUCCUUCCGAGCAGAACCGCAGGAGCAGAUAAGGAUGGUGUAUGAUCAGAGCCGCUACACCAUGUCCCUCCCCGGUUACUUGAAAGAUGAUCAGAGAAGCUCUCCAGACAGCACCUAUGAGGAUGCUUAUCCUGGUGAAGAGGAGAGCUACCACCCAAGUCCCUCUUCAGGAAUUGAUGAAUUCUGCCACAGUCAAACAGUGAACUCGUUCCACUACUCUCUGGAGGCCAGCAUGUCCCUGCGCCAGUGGCAAGGAGACGGACCCAUGGCCUACCUGAACCGAGGCCAGUUCUACGCUGUGACGCUGACUGAGACCGGCGCCAGAUCAUGCCUACACCAGACCAGAGGCAAAGUGCGGGUGAGUGGACCGCCGCCAUCACAAGGGCCUGAUGGGAGCCCAUCCAGUAGUGAGCAAUGCACCAUGGGAGGCUCUGAUCUGCCGCGGGACAGUAUUGUACAGAGCGUUAUCAUGGUGGUCUUUGGUGAAGACAAGAGCAGAGACGAGCAGCUGAAAAAUUGGAAGUACUGGCAUUCCCGCCAACACACUGCCAAACAGAGAGUCCUGGACAUCGCCGACUACAAAGAGAGCUUCAGCACGAUUGGGAACGUUGAAGAAAUUGCCUAUAACGCCGUGUCUUUCACUUGGGAUGUCAACGAGGAAGCCAAGGUCUUUAUCUCUGUGAACUGUCUGAGCACAGACUUCUCCUCCCAGAAGGGCGUGAAGGGGAUGCCUCUGAUGAUCCAGAUCGACACAUACAGCUACAACAGCUGCAGCAGCAGGCCCAUCCACAGGGCCUUCGCUCAAAUCAAGGUCUUCUGUGACAAGGGGGCUGAGAGGAAGCUACGUGAUGAGGAGAAGAAGCAGCUCAGGAAAAGGGCAAAAGGGAAGAGUGGCAACCCGGGGCCGAUGUCUCCUGUUAAGAAAGCUGAGAGCACGCAGUUCAAGGCCAUGACGGAUCUGGACUCCCAGCCAGUACUCUUCAUCCCUGAUGUCCACUUUGGAAACCUGCAGAGAGCAGGCCAGAUCUUUGCUUUUAAGACUGAGGAUGUAGAAAGAGAUGGGACUGUCAUGCUGAAGCGGAUAUCAUGUGUUUCUGAAGAGGACCUCUGUCCGCCACAGCCCAAGAACCCCCGAGUGGAGCUGGAGAGGAAAGUUCUGCUCUAUGUGAGGAAAGAGUGUGAUGAGGUGUUUGAUGCCCUGAUGCUCCGCUCCCCAACCCUCAAGGCCCUGAUGGAGGCAAUCUCUGAGAAAUACGCCGUGCCUGUUAACAAGAUGGCUAAAGUUUACAAGAAAAGCAAAAAAGGGGUGCUGGUGCACAUGGACGACAACAUCAUCGAGCACUACUCUAAUGAGGACACCUUCAUCCUGGCUAUAGAGAGCUCUGCAGACUGCCUGCGGGUCACUCUGUCAGAGAUCUGAUAGUGACCCACAUUCAGUGUUGCGUCAGCGGUCACACUGUCACAGACAGAGCUGGUUGAUUGGUGUGGCUACAGCUUCCCACACCAGUUUCUCUGCAGAAAUCAUCAGCAUUCUCUCCAGUAUUAGAUGACAGUGACAAAUUGAGGAUGGUCAAACAUAUAAUGGAUUAGUAAGCUGUGCCCCCUUUCUCCCAGCAGGCAGGGAGCGCCACCACUCGAGUUAGCAGUAUUUGUUGCCCUACACGGAUCCAUGGUUCAGUACCAUCCAGUGGGGAUAAUCCUGGUACAUGCAGUGCCACUUUGGUGGAAAACCUGCUGCGGGAGAGCUUCUGGUACUGGGACCACAAGGCUAAUGUUUAUAACGUGUUGAUCUUUGGCAUGGUGGGAAAAAUUCUCCUCUUUCCAGGCUAACUACUUGUUCAAGUCCUUAGUGGCUCAUCAAAGAACCUUCAUGAUAAUCUUUCCAGACUGCUUCUCCUAAAGGACGAGUCAUUUUGUGCCACAGGGAUUCAACACAUAGAGCCUAGUCAACGCCUUCAUCCAGCUUGAUUUCAUGAUAAGGCCGUUCAGUCAGCACAGUGGUGGCAGAUUACCUGAUGAAUUACCUGAUCAGAUGUUUGAGAGGCUUGUGCUUCGUAGCAAGGCUAUGCAACCUUUGAGGUAAUGGCACAUUCUUUGGUAUGAACAUGUUUGAAAUGUUAGGCGUUCCUUGAAAAUGACCUCAUGACCUCUUGAUGUUGUCAAAGUGAGCAAUUUCAGGGGAUUUUUGUUUGAUUGGCCAUAUUUUGGCGAACACGAACAUACUACUCAUCCCAGGCUCAGACUGGUGUUUGUGGAUACAUAAGUAGAUGAGGUGCCAUCAUGCAACAAGGCUGCCAAAUGCUCCAUGAUGCUGUUACAUUGUCUAUAUUGCUUCCGCGGGUUGAUUAUUGCUUUUCACUCAUUGAAGAGACUAGUCAUUAGUAUUUAUUACACUGGUUAGAGGCCGCUAGACCCAGCUGGUCCAUGAAUUUACAGAACCCUUUUCUGGGGCUAAUGCAAAUCAUCACAGCUGACCAAUCGAAAUGUCAUCAUUUUCAGAGUAACUGCUGCAAACACACGUGCAACCCUCCCUGUCUUUCAUCAGCUCCAUGCAAUGUGUUGUAUAGUCUCUUUUAAAUGAGUCAAUAAAUAUAGUUUUUUAUGCAA